AUCAGUAUCGUCGUUCCUGCAUUCCAGAGCCCCUGCUUCAAUUCUCUUACCCACUUCCUUCAUCUCUCGGUCAUUUGCGGUCCUAUUAACUACACAAUUUUCAGGCAGAAAAUUCCACGGGAAGACCGCUAGAACCAGAGCGAUUCGGGAGUGGCAAGAAUAUGAAGCAGCAGUCAAGGAAAAGGACCUCGCACGAGCCCUCCGCUUCCUCAAGGACGUUCCAGUUGAAUUUGGCAGUUCUUCUGUUGAGUCGACCAGGCCUGUGAAUGAUGAGUUGGGCUUGCUGGGAUUGGAGAGGGAUUGGGAAGUGUUGGACACGUGCUUGAAUGCUGAUGAUAUGAGGCUUGUCGGGAGCGCCUAUGCUUUUCUUAAAGAUCGAGGGUUCUUGCCCAAUUUCGGGAAGUACCGGAAUAUUGUCUUAGAGGGGCCAAGAGAAGUCACGCCUACCGUGCUGAAGUCUUCAACUGGUUUAGAAGUUUCAAAACUUUCUCCUAAAAAGUGGGGAGUUUCUGGGAGCUCCAGUCUUGUUUUGAUUGCUCUACUUGCCGGAGUGUCUAUUCUGCUAAAUCAAGGAAUAGACGUCAGACCAAACCUUGCAGCAAUCUUGGGAUUGUCCAUGCUAGACGCCAUUUUUCUUGGUGGCUCAUGCUUGGCUCAGAUCUCUAGUUAUUGGCCUCCAUAUAAACGCCGUAUUUUAGUUCAUGAGGCUGGUCACCUUCUCGUAGCAUAUCUAAUGGGUUGUCCAAUUCGUGGUGUAAUUUUAGACCCAAUUGUUGCAAUGCAAAUGGGCAUUCAGGGGCAGGCAGGAACUCAGUUUUGGGAUGAGAAACUUCAGAGUGAGCUUGCUGAGGGCCGUGUCAGUGGUACCGCCUUUGACAGGUAUUGCAUGGUGCUUUUUGCUGGAAUUGCAGCUGAAGCUCUUGUAUAUGGAGAAGCUGAGGGUGGAGAAAAUGAUGAAAACCUAUUCAGGAGUAUCUGUGUCCUUCUGGAACCCCCACUCUCCACUGUGCAGAUGUCAAAUCAAGCCCGUUGGUCUGUGCUGCAAUCAUACAAUCUGCUUAAAUGGCAUAAACAUGCUCAUAGGGCUGCUGUCAAAGCUCUGGAAGGCGGAGGAAGUCUGAGUGUAGUCAUCAGGAGGAUUGAAGAAGCCAUGUCUUCCAAGAGAUGAACCACAUUGAGUCUUGUUGAUAGAGUCAAUGGAGUUUGACACAGCUCUCUGGGCCGAUGCUUUAUCUGUUACUAUGGGACAAAAUGGCACAGAAACUCACUCUGUAGAUAUCCAUGUGAAAUUGAUUCCAUAUGGUCAUAGGCACCCUUGAUGACCUGCCUCAUACCAAGCAGCAGAUUGUUUGCCGUAUUGGUCUUCACCCAGCAGUGAUGAUCAUAAGAGGGUCUUGACUCUUGUGGAUUGAUCAACAGAAGCUAUUCAUGAUCAUUGUCUUCUAAUUCUUUUGCCCAAAGCUUGGCGUGUGAACGGCACGUAUACCUGGCAUCUCCUUGUUGAUCGUUGGAUGUGCUUGUAGAGGUUUUUUAUUUAGGAAUUGUUUCCUGUUGCCCGGGAAAUACAGGUUUCUCGUAACGGGCAAUUAAAUUCUGUGAAUAUAUCACUUUGUGUAGAGUAAUCAAUACCUGGUGACUUGAUGAAAGAUCCAUGGAAAAGCACUGCAUUUCACAAGGUUGUGCAUUUGCAUGAAAGAACUUUGUUAUUGUUACUUUUUUAGCAAUAUAAUAAUGCUGUUAUUGUGAGA